AUGGCUCGAUUGUCAAAAUAUCUUCUACCGCUCCUCGGGAGCUUCGUUCUCUCACAAGCCGCUCCAGCUUACGACUACCUCUCCCAUGCCCGGUCUUCUUCUGAUGCAUUAAUGCACUGGUACAACCAGGGCACUGGAGUCUUCAACGGUACAGGAUGGUGGAACAGUGCAGAGUGUAUCACUGCACUGGCCGACAUGCAAGGCCUGGAUUCGACAUCCAACUUUUUGGACACCCUCCAGAACACCUUCGAGAUCAACAAGAAUGUUUGGACGACGAAAAGCGACUUUUACGAUGACGAAGGAUGGUGGGCUCUGGCCUGGAUCAAGGCGUACGACUUGACAAAAGACCAGAAGUACCUCAACGUCGCAGAGCAGCUCUUCGACGACAUGGCCAAAGGUUGGACCACCAACUGCAAUGGUGGAAUUUGGUGGGACAAGGACAAGACCUACGUGAAUUCAAUUGCAAAUGAAUUGUUUUUGAGCGUCGCUGCCCACCUUGCUAGCCGGACGUGGAAUAUCAAAUACCUGAACUGGGCAGUCAAGGAAUGGCAGUGGUUUGAGAAGUCAGGAAUGAUCACCAAGAACAACACUAUCAACGACGGACUGGACGGCUCUUGCAAGAACAAUGGCUUCACUGUUUGGUCCUACAAUCAAGGCGUCAUUCUUGGAGCACUGGUCGAACUAUCAAAAGCCAGUUUCGACGAUUCGUACCUUGUCACAGCCAGGGACAUCGCUUGGGCUGCGAUUGAGACUCUUACUGACAGCAACGGUGUCUUGCACGAUAGCUGCGAAAAGGGUUGCGGAGGCGAUGUGUCACAGUUCAAAGGCAUAUUCAACAGAAACCUGGCCCAGCUAUACACGGCGACUUCAGAUCCUGGCUUCAAGAACUUCUUGGAGACCAACGCCCAGAGCAUUUGGAAGAAUGAUCGCGACUCGCAAAACCGUCUUGGACUCAAGUGGUCUGGGCCAUACAGCAAGGCUGAUGCAUCGACUCAUAGCUCUGCUCUGAUGGCUUUAAUUGCUGCAGCAUCUGUGCAAGGCAGCUGA